UUCAAGCGGUAAAUGCAGGUAAUGAUUGACUGCUUUAUUGAACUAGUCUUCGCGAGCGAUUGACAGGAUAACAAGCACGUUUGAAUAAUACAUGUUAGUUCUAAGAAUAUACCAAAGGACGAACUGCAGAAUUAACUGGAUCAUCUUUGAAUAUACGUAGUCGAAGUUAAAAUCACAGAUGUGAGCUGCUCAUGAGACGUGAUCGGAAUAUUCAUAAGAUGUCAAGUGCGUUCAAGUGCCUGGCGUUGUUUGUUUUCAUAAUCAUCCUUUUCCCGCUUGAUCAGUGCAAACAAAACAGUACCAGCGAAUUCAUUAUCGAGUACUUUCGAUACAGAGCCCCAUCGACCGUCGUGGGAUUUACGUGCGAUCAGUAUGAAAACGACGUACAGCUGAUAAAAAAGUUCAGCGAUGUGAAGCUGCAAUCGCUCAUAUGGAAAUUGGAAAACAGAAUGGAACUGUCGUCUCUGGCCAAGGCCUUGCACCGCAGAUUAGGCGUAUUUAUCGAUUUGAGAUGCCAGUUCUCGGAAAAUGUGAGGAUGGCAUUUAACGAGGCGACAGACCACAAAAUGUUCGACGAGUUGUAUUAUUGGCUCAUACUCGGCUCAGAUUUGAAUGAAAGUUUGUCGUUGAUCAACGAUAACUCGUUCGGCGUAUCCACGGAUUUCGUUCUCGCCAUUUUCGAGGAAAACCAAUACAUACUGUACGAAAUUUAUAAUCCUUGCAAAUUACGAGGUGGAACUCUGAAAACCACUCGCCUGGGCUUCUGGAAUGAAAGCAGCGGUUUGAAUAUUGUUUUCGAGUUGAAUAAAGUGCGCAGAUGGAACCUCGAGGGUAUGGCGAUAAGAAUAAGCGGAUUGGUCAAGAACAGGCCUUCGAAUGUGCCUGUGCUGGAAUACCUCCAGGACCCAAACUACAAGCACUUGGAUCGAUUGACAAGACUUGGAUACGCGAUGUGGAUGCAUUUAGCGGACAUGUUUAAUUUCACUUUAGAAUUUAACGAAACUACUGUUUGGAACGAGGGUGACGAAAAUGGCCCUGUUAUGACUUCUCUGAUCAAUGGCGAAAUCGAUGCCAGUGGGACUGCUGAUGCGUUAAGAAUCGAAAGACUUGAUUUAGUUAAAGCUGUUUAUCCGGCCUUGCCAUUUCGAACUUGUUUCAUAUUUCGGAGCACAUCGUCGGAUCGCAUAAGCGUACGUGAUAUAUUUCUCCCAUUAUCGUCGACUGUUUGGUAUUUAACGAUCGCUAUUAGUGUACUGUCGAUAAAUGCACUCGCUUUUUUAUCCAUUUUAUCCAACCGAGACAUUUACGAAAAUUACCUAAGUUCCAUUAUAAUCCAUGUAGGUGCUUUUUGUCAACAAGGAACUGAAUUUUCUUCCAACAAUUUAUCCGGUCGAAUAGCGAUACUUCACAUUUUACUUUUCAAUUUGAUGCUGUUUAAUUACUAUUUAGCUAGUGCUGUUUCUAAUCGAUUGAGUGAGCCCAUAACGCUUAUCAAUGACUCUUUGCACGAGUUGAGGAAAACAGAUUUUCAAUAUGCUUCGGAACCGAUGCUCGACUUUGAUCGACACAUCAAGAAUAACGAAUGGGAAACUAGGUCAUUCUAUAUUAAUAGGUGGAUGAAGAUCCCAGAAUCGCAAAGGUUCAUGCCCCCAGAAAAGGGAAUGUCGCUUGUAUUGCAAGGUGGUUUUGCGUAUCAUACUCAUCCGGAAAUCAGUUAUCCUUAUGUCGAACGCCAUUUUGAUGAUCGCAAGAUUUGUGAAUUACAAGAAGUUCAUUUGGUUAAACCACUACAAUUAUCCUUAUUUGUUCACGCAAAUAGUUCGCUAACCGAAAUGUUCAGAGCUGGGUUUACGAAGCUCUCUGAAGUUGGAAUACGAUUUCGUCAAGUCCAUUUAUGGACUGCGCGGAAGCCGAUUUGUCGAACAGACGUUUUAACAGCGGAUAGCAUAACAAUAAAAGAAGUUGCACCAGCUAUAAUAUUUUUACUUUUCAGCAUGCUCGUCUCAGGUACUUUGCUAUCCAUAGAAUUUUUAUAUUCAACCUACUGCAAAGGAUCAAUCCGUUUUGGAUUUCUAAUAAAAUCCGUAAAUAAUACUUCAGAAAAACUGAGAGAAGCAGAAGGAAAUGCAUAUUAUCCAGAUGAAAAUCCACCUAAAUAAGCUUAUUAAAAUGCGGGUGUAUACAGAAAAUGUACAUUUGUAAUUACCUGAAUAAAAUAUAC